CAGCACCGAACACUGACGAAAUUUCCUCGGCCCUGCUCCAUGGCUCCCUGCCCGUUUCUGAGAAAUCAACAAGAGACGAAGGCAGGCAGCAAGCUAGUAUCUGUAAGCUCUGAGCAAAACGGUGCUGGUCACGGCAGCUCUCUCCAGUCAGGAGGGGGACGCAACUGGUUAUUUUCUUUCGCAGUAUUUCCCCUGCCAACACUCAGCAGGACACGACGUUUAGUCGGUGGACGGAGAUACAAGCGGAUAUUAUCGGGAUGGAUGGACCGAGUGAGCAGCUUUUCACCGUGGGACUGGCGGUAAUUUAGACGUCCUGAGCAGCAGGUGUACUGAAGGAUAAAACAGACUACAGGCAAUCUCAGUGUUCAUGAAACUUUGCUACGAUUUACGUGCUGGGGUUGCCGUCCGCCAUGUUAAGGUAAAGCCCAGGUGCGCGGUGUUGACCAUGCUAAAGCGCCUGGACAAGAUCCGCUUCAGAGGCCCCAGGACGAGAGAAGACUUCCCGGAUCUGGCCGAGUCGCCGCCCGCCUCCGACAACGAAUGUAGCGACGAAGUGCAGCUGAAGCCCAGACCAUCUCUGCGAGAGACGGAGGAGAUCCUGCGAGACCCUGCUGGUUCGGGGUCUCCCACCAUGGCUGCGGCCAUCCAGGACUUCCAGAGGUCGGAGUCAGACCGACUCAACGAAGUCAAAGGUCACCUGGAAAUUGCCUUACUCGAGAAACAUUUCCUACAGGAGGAGCUGAGGAAGCUGCGGGAAGAGACCAAUGUGGACUCUCUGCGGCAGGAGCUGGACAGAGAGCGGAGCAAGAGGAUAGACCUGGAGCAGAAGAUGAACGAGGUGCUGAAGACCAGGCUGGAAGACUCUCCACCACAGCCUCCCCGGAAACAGCAGUCGCCCUCCAACAAUGGAACAGACAAACAGCAGAAAGAGGUGUGGAGUUCGCGGCUGCAGAAGUGGGUGUACGAGCGCUUCGGGGUCUACAUCGAGGACUUCCGCUUCCAGCCGGAAGAGAGCACGGUGGAGGCUGAGGAACCACUAAGUGCUAAAAGGUUAACAGAAAAUAUGAGGCGACUCAAGCGAGGAGCCAGACCUGUCACCAACUUCUUGAGGAACCUCUCCGCCUUAUCCAAUUGGCACUCCGUCUACACCUCAGCUAUUGCCUUCAUAAUCUACAUGAAUGCUGCUUGGCAUGGCUGGGCCAUUCCCAUGUUACUCUUCCUGGCUAUCCUGCGCUUGUCCUUAAAUUACCUCAUUGCCAGAGGUUGGAGGAUCCAGUGGAGCAUUGUGCCUGAGGUCUCUGAACCCACGGAGCCUCCGAAGGAAGACUUGACUGUAUCGGAGAAGUUCCAGCUAGUACUUGAUGUCGCACAAAAAGCACAGAACCUGUUUGGGAAAAUGUCAGAUGUUUUGGAGAAGAUAAAAAACCUGUUCAUGUGGGUGCAGCCGGAGAGCACCCGGAAACUUUACAUCUGCCUGUGGGUGGCUUUCAUCACCUCCUGCGUCCUUCCAUACAAACUAAUGGGCUUCAUGAUGGGCCUGUAUGCCGGCAUCAAGUUCUUCAUCAUAGACUUCCUGUUUAAGAGCUGUCCGAAGCUGCGGGACAAGUACGACACGCCGUUCAUCGUGUGGAACAGCCUUCCCACAGACCCUCAGCUCAAAGAGAGGACCAACGCCACGGUGUCCCGGCGGAUUCAGCCGGUGGUUUCUCGCAGCAGCCUCGCCACGGUCCCGUGCGGGCUGAGCAGAGAGGAGGACACGGGGAGCGCCCGCAGCACCAAGAAGGGAGCCUUCCACGAGAUCUUCAGCCUGCUGGAGUCAGAGCGCCCCCUGGCGGUGUGUGAGAACGGCUGGAGGUGCUGCCUGAUAAACAGAGACAGGAAGAUGCCCACAGACUACAUCAGGAAUGGAGUGCUCUACGUCACCGAGAAUUACCUGUGCUUUGAGAGCUCCAGCUCCAGAUCCAGCUCCUCUAAGAAGAAUAAGGUUAUCAAGCUGGUGGACAUCACUGACAUACAAAAGUACAAAGUGCUGUCCGUCCUACCAGGAAGUGGGAUGGGCAUCUCCAUAGCUACUCCUUCCACUCAGAAGCCAUUGGUGUUUGGUGCCAUGAUCCACAGAGACGAGGCUUUCGAGGCCAUAUUCACCCAGUACAUGAAGAUCAUGACCACCACCAAACCUCCGGCCACCGCCGAGCUCUAGACAGCCCGUAUCCCAGCAACAGACCUCCAUACUGGGGCUAAAGUGGAGCGGAGAGCCUCCUGAGAUUCAACUGGACUAGAACACACUUCUUGAAAAACAAACCCACCACACUCCUCCUCCCUUGGUGGAUUUCCUGCUUGGAGGGGACAUGCGAGUGUGUGUGUAGCUGGGAUGAAGUUACAUCACACACUUUGUUGAUUGUGUUGGAUUAAAAAAAAUCCAAGUUCUGAAGAGGAGCGAGGAUCGGUGUGGCUUGUGGGGGGGGGAGCUGGUUCUCCUCUCCCACCUCACUGACUGGCUGACUGGAUUCCUGACAUACUUGUUUCCGUGUUUGCAUGUGUGAGUGUGUGCGGGCAGAAAUGAUGUUCUUAAAUAGCGUCAAGUGGCUCUGUUUUUUCUCCUAAAUCAAGGAGUGACUUCUACUGUGGUAGGAAGAUUUCAAGUAGUGCUCAACUUGGCCGUCAAACAAAUAUCCUAAAGCAAAUAGAAGACAAACAAGAGGUUGUUUUAACUGCCAGACAUCUGUAGGAACAAAUAUGAACAUGUUCGCUUUAUAAAUCAGCGCAUAAACAACUACUGAUGUUGAAAUAUUUAGAUAGCUGGCUGAUCGGUGCCUAGUGGCUUAGCCCGACUAAAUUAUAUGAGUGUGAGGUGUUUUAAAAAAAUGUGUAUUAGCUGUGAAGUUGUCAUUCUGACUGACACAGAGCCUUUCUGUUAGUUUACAUUGCUGCUGCUGUCUAAUUAUUUUUCCUUUUUUUCUAGACACAUUUCAGCAGCGACGCUAUGUUUUAGUCUUCUCUGUUGAAGUAACAGACAAUGUACGCAGCAUCCGCUUCGGUGUUCGUAAGUGUGCGUACGUGAAACGUGUCGUGACAUUUUUUAUUCUUUUAAAAAUGCCUUUCUUUUGAAGAAAAUGUCUCUUUGUAACAAACAGCCUUUGGGACUGCUGAUCCUGGAGCUGCUGAUUGCGUCCAAGACGAGAGCACAACCACUGUUAGACGUUUGAAACACUGACUGCCAUUUAAAACUAGAUCUAAGCUAAUCCGCUUCUCUUUUCAAGGCACAAUCUGUACAUAUAUAGAGAGAUUUUCGUUUUUCUUCUAUUGAUGGUAUUCUCCCUGCACUUUACUAGAACUUUAACUGGAUAUAUGUUGCAGACUCGACUUUAAAUGCUCAUAAAUUCAGCUGGAAUCCAUGGUCAGUGUUGGCGAAUAGUCUCAAACUGCCACUUGUGUUAUGUAUUUCUCUAUUUGUUUGUCAACUUGAGCCAGUAGCUCUCACAUCCUGCUAGUCUCAGUGCAGAGUAAAGGAGCACUGUAUUAGUACACAGAUAGCCAGGAAACCUUCAAACUGACCAUAAAAGAACAAGGUACUUGAAUGAAAUGAAACCACUGGUUUAUGUUCCGCUUAGUCCUCUAAAACAUUGAGUUAUUUUAGCCUUUGAAUUAUAAAUCAAACCUUAGAUAUCCAUAUGAAUCUUUCCGAUUUCACUUGCAUAAAUACACAGGUGGUCAAGCUGCUUGAGGUCACAUAAGAAGUAACAAAUACUUGUGGAUUUAUUUGUGUAAAUCCAUUUAAAAAAUCUAAAUCUUUUUGCUUUUUUCCCACUUAUAUGUUAUGCCACAUGUGUAGGGUGCUCUUCCACUUGUUCCAGAUCAUUUCAAUGUAAGCUUUUUUAAAAUAUGGAUAAAGGUCGAACAGAAAGUCUCAACGUCACUUUAUUUUAAAGACGCCGUUCGCGAGAAUAAAGCCGGUCUUUACUCUCGCGGAAUGGUUUUGAUGUGUAGAAAUACGAUGCCAAAUUACAUCAGACACGUCUCUGUGUUUUUGGAGAGGGAUGGAGAUAUGAUACGGGACUGCAGGUCGUGAUUUCUCGUCGGAUUUUAGAGACAGAGUAGCUAUUCCACUGUACGCCCAGCAGCACAAGCUUUAGUUUCUUAUAUGUAAAUCUUUCAAAAAACACUGUUAAAAAGGGAGACCUUGACUUUUAUAUUUUUGUUUUAUUCCGGUCAUUUUUACCCACUGGAUACUUCUAAAUCACACUCAUGAAAUUAUUAUUUCCCGCACUUAAAAAUGUCAAGGUUUCUCUCAAAGUCUAUACAAGUCCUCUUAUCAUCAUUAGAAGCAAAUUAGCUGGAUAUGAAGUUGCCUUGGAAGCAAUGGACCAGUUCAUAGAACCACUUUAUUAUUUUUAGUUAAAACUAAUUAAGGAUGGAGUAUUUUCUUUGACAUCCAUCUGUUUGAUUUGGCCUUUUAUGAAGAGGCCGCCUUUCCCAGACAUGGAUUUUUCUAUUUUUGUUGAGGAAUAAAUUGGAUCCAUGAGCAGGGGGAUAUUAGAGCAGGUGAACGCUGUCUCACUGUGUGAUUUGAUGGCUCGUUGUAGUCUAAAGCUUUUACCUGACGCCUUUUGUAAUCUGUUAACUCUGAUAGCAGACCCUAACAAGGCUGCGAUCAGAAAAGCACAGAAUGUAUCACGUUAAAUGUACAAAUAUAUAUUUUUCUUUUGCCAAAUCUUUCAUUUUCUGUCUGCCAUAUUCUGCCUAAGCUCAUGUUUACAGAAUUGUUCUCUUUCUCGUAACCCAGUUUGAAUUCCUUUGACUCCGGAGUUAUGAAGACUGGACUGCUGUUCUUGAAUAAAUGACUCUGCUCUCAUUGGCUCCUCCA